CCGCCCGCCAGGGCCAUGAAGGUGGCGGCGCUGGAGCUGGGCGCCCUGCUCGCCAAGAUGAGCCGCUCCCCGGCCACGCCGGGCCGCGGCCCGCGACACCUGUCCGGCGGCUGCGGUCCGGGCAUGGCAGUGCCGUCGGGGGGAGAGGGCGGUCGCCCACCGCGCUCUGCCCCUGCCGCGGCGGACAAGGAGCCCGGGGGCCGGGCGGGCGCCAAGGCCCUGCUCGUCACCCUGCCCGAUAUCGGGGAGGAGGCGGUGAUGGAUGAAGAGAGUGACGGCCGGGAGACAGCCGGCAGCCCGCAGCGCCCUGCGAGGGGACUGUCCAGAGGUUCCACAAAUCAGUGUCUUUCUGGAAAAAGUGGAGAGUCUCUUCCAGCAGUUUUUGCGAGAAAUGUACAGGAAGCCAUCAACAAUUAUACUUGUGAAACACUUUCAUCAAUUACAUCUAGUGGUUGUACAACACCCACAGACCUGAAUAAAUCUUGGUUUGGAAUAAAGAGCUAUACUACUGGUUUGUCUACCGAAAGUUCAGCUUACUCCUGGAGGGAUGACGAAUUUGAUAAAGCCAACACGCAGAGAGUGCAUCAGUUAUUUUGGGAGAUUGAUGAAAUGCUGUUUGAAGGAAAAGUGACCUCCCAAACAGAGAGCCUGCAGGCAGAAUGUGCAGACUGGGUUGAACAAUUUCCUCAUCUAAGGGUUCUAGGAAAGCAACUCUUGUUGCCGAAAGAUGAAGGCUUUCAGCAUUUUCAGAGCAGAAGUGAUACCCAUGUGGAUACUAAGUGUUUACCUGGCCUUCGUGAAUGUACUAGUAGCAUAAAGGAGCUCUGCAUUUCAGGUUCUAAACUGAUUUCAACAGCAUCUCCAGUACAUAAAUCACUGGAUUCAAGUUCCACUGGGAUUUCUGCUUCUGACUCAGCCAUAUAUUCAUUCCUGGAAGAAGAAAUCUAUGAUGUGGAUGGAAAAAUAGAAGAAUAUCUUGCUUUUGACAACAAGGAGCUUGAUGAUGAGAGUUGGGAACAAAAGAAAAUGCGCCUCGCUGAGAAGAGGAGUAAACGUGGCAUUCCCCCUGUUUCUCCCAAUGCCUGUAUCAAAGAUGCUGUGGCUUCUGAGGUUUUUGAUUGUAUCUGGAGCAAUAUAAUUGGAAUAUUGGAGGAACUGAUUAAAAAAAAUUGGGACACUAAUGUCACAGAGUGUGACAAACAGGUGCAAAAACUGAAAGCUGUUACAGCAAAAUUGCCACAUUUGCCAGUCAUUCGUACUACGGCAGAUGCUGGGAAUGUUCCUCUUUCCAUAGGCUCUGAAGCACAAAGUGUAUCCUUUGGAUCUCAUUUUGUUUCCUCACAGGUUCACCGUUUCUCCAGCAACUUUAGUGAUUUGAAUGGUGUGAUGACAAUUCAAGCAAAACCACUCCAACAGAGACAUGUUGCCACAGUAGAAAAAAUACAGAAUGAGCAAGAAGACAAACAGCAUAGAAUUGGCUCUAGUGCUCCAAAUUCAGUGCACGCUAGAUUGGGGAGAAUUGCCCGUAACAAUGUUCUCUCAUCAUCUCGGGUACUGCUGGCACCUUCUAGGAAGCUACCAAGCCAUUGUAGGUUACCUUCUGUCACUUCUGACCAACUCUCCUCAAAAGCUCCUAAUAUAUACAAUGAUGAAAUCCUUAGGGGGACUAAAUUGGGUGCUGGCUCAGAUCGUUUAUCUUCUGCUCGUUCAUCUAACACCCGGAACAAAUUACCACCAAUAAACUCAGAGGCUGUUGAAAAAUGUCUUUCAGUACCUCGACUGCAACAGAACUCUCAUCGAGGACGAUAUGCUCGUAGCAGAGUGUCAAGUGCAGUGCCUGGCAGUAGAGAGCAACAGCCACUCAGAGAAAGAACUGUUGUUACUGAUCAAUUUUCAAGGCCCAACACAACUCAUACAUUCAGGACAGGCACACCUCAGAAGAGAUCACUGACUCCCAUGGAUUUUGCUAACCACAGAGGGACAGGUCAACGAUUUUUAAUAGGCAGGCAAAGUAAGAACUACUUGGAAGGCAAAAGGCCAGCAAAACCUAUUAACCCACUGUAUAGUCAGGAAGCACUCAGCGAGAGCCAUCUUGGCAUCAAAGAACAACAGGCUUACAGCAUUAGUACAGAUCCUUUCAGAUAAAUCCUCCAACCUCUAGGAAGAGAUUUCAGACUGCUUCUUAACUCAUUUUAGGAAGAAACGGAACCUUUCUGCACUGAAUGGAAGAUUGAACUGCUAAAUUUGCCAGCUAGUAUCUUGUGUAACAAAGAACAUGUGCAGUAUGCUGGUUUCUGCUGAGCCUUUCAAUUCUCAGGAUGCCUGCUUUGCCUUCUUUAAAAGCUGUUUGACCAGAGGUUAGAUUAAAAAUCAGAGCAAAAUGAAAUAAAUGGUUGAGGUGUCCACUCUGCAGCGUCAAGAUGCUGCUACUGCUGCACUUUAUUCUCAGGCAUUCCUCCUUUUUCUAUCCUUCCUUAGGGAAUUAUUAUUCUUCCCAUAGAAGCAAAUAAGUUAUGUUCAGACCAUGAAGUUCUGUUCCCACCUUUUCGUGUUUCCUCACUGUUCAAGAUGUUCUAGUCUAUCCAAAUAUCAGUCAUACAUAAAAUAUGUACUUUUAAGCAGUAGUUUGCGGUAUAUUAUCUUAACUUCUGUUUUAGCAUUACUCCAUUUUUCAGUCUGUCUACUUACUGCAGUGGCUUUCUUGUAAAUGUUGUCUAUCACAAAUUUUUCUCCUUCCUUUAAUUCUUUUGAGAUUAUAUUAAUUCAUUGCUUCUACUUAUGCUGUUCUAAUUGUCAGUUAACUAUGGGAAUUGCUGGGAUAAACUUUGUUUAUAGGAAGUAAUGUUUUACCUGCUAGGCCAAAUGUAUUUGUAGAUGCUGAGCAAUUGAACCUGCGUACUAACAAGUUGGUAAGACUGUUCCUACUUGUUCACAUUCCAUAUAAAAUAGUGACUGUUACUUGGCAAAUUAAUCACAUUUUGAAAUAUCCAAGCCUUCAAAGUUUUAACAGAAAAAUACGUACUUAACUGAUGAAAGCAUUAUUUUGUAUCUCUUUGUGUAGACCCAGACAGGAAGAUCAAAGAGGAGACUGGGACUGCAUUCUUCCCAAAGAUCACAGCCCUGAUCAGGUCCCUGGCUAAUAGCACUGAGUGCAUUCACAGUCAGGAAUUCCUCUGCCCAUCAGAAAGACAGCAAUUUAAGUAGCUGUGUUUAAGAGCUGUUGAAAGGGAAAGGGAGGAGAAGAAACAAUUAUUUGCCCAAAUUGUGCAGUUAAGAACAGGAACAGUUUCUUCUGCUUGGGAACUAAUACUGGUUCUCCUCAGUGCUUGUUAUGAAUUUUCAAGCAUUGGUAAUGAAAGGAAAAGCAUCUGUAAUGUAUGUUUUAUUUCUGUACUGUUAAUCAGAGUUCUGGUUUUUGUAAAUGGUCAUCAAGUGAUGCAUUCUUUUGAGUAAAUGAAAGCAUUUUGAAAUUA